GCAGGUCUCCCAGAGAUCACCUCUGCGGCGGGCUGAAAUUUGACAUUCUAGAUUUCACCUGCUGUGAAGGAGUCUGGCAUAAGGGGGACGGGGCUGUCCUGCUGUGGAAACAGGGCCUUUAACCUCACCCAGUCUUCCUGUUGUGAAGGUGAGAUAGACAGAGUCAUGUCUCCUAGCAGUAUCCCACUGCAUCUAUUUACUUAAACCUGGUAACUGUGAAAACAUUGUUUUUCUCAGCACCUCCCAAGUUUGUUUUGAUAUUCUUGAUAUGUGUUUAUCUGUGACCAUUUCUUGCAGGUCGACUGACUCUGAAUGUGAGCCAGCUGGUGUCAGAUUGCUGUGGUUAUAGAGCCUAUGACCCACUCAACCAGUUAUGCUGUGACUCACAGAUCCUAACCAGGACCCGUCCCCAUGUCAAGUGUUGUGGAAAAGGUAAGUGAAUCAUCGUUGAUUAUGUAGUUGUAUUGUUUUACUGUUUCCCAUCCAGGCUCUGUCAAUGCCGGCCGCGACCGGGAGACCCAUGGGGCGGCGCACAAUUGGCCCAGCGUCGUCCAGGGUAUGGGAGGGAAUGGCCGGCAGGGAUGUAGCUCAGUUGGUAGAGCAUGGCGUUUGCAAUGCCAGGGUUGUUGGUUCGAUUCCCACGGGGGGCCAGUAUGAAAAAAUAAAAAUAAAAUAAUGUAUGCACUCACUAACUGUAAGUCGCUCUGGAUAAGAGCGUCUGCUAAAUAACUAAAAUGUAAUGUAAAAUGUCUGUCUACUCCGAAAGCUGUUUGUGAGAUGUUUCCCAAUUCUCUCAUGCUAAGUCCCUGUGACAGCCUAAUUUCCCACCUGCAGCUCAUGGCUCCUAUGCUCACUCAUUACCUUUCACAAUGUCAAGCUUGUAACACUUGACCUGAGCACUUGAAAAAGUGCUUUUAAAUGAUAAAUCUGAUAAAUUGUUAUUACCUGUUCCACAGAGCUUUACAAUGAAGACCACCAACUUUGCUGUGGAAAUGUCAUUAAAGGAAGGAAGGUCCUGACCAAAAUGUCCAUCCACCACCAGUGCUGUGGAGACAACCAGUUUGAUCAGCAAAGCCACUGCUGCUGCCUCGUCUCUCAACCAUCAUACAAACUCAUCCCUGAGCCUCUCAAUGCAAGCUGCUGUGCUCCUGCAAUCCAGAAAGCGCUACAGCCUCCCCCAGUGCAAACUGGUCAGGUACAAAAACAAAUUUGUGCCACACGCACUGACCCUUAGGGGCAUGGGGAUGAACUUACUCAUUUGUGAACAUGCAAUAGUGAACUAACUGUGAAAUGUAACUAACUGUGCAAUAUGAAAGGGAGAUUAUAGGGACGUGCAAUAUGGAGGUACUUUGGAUAUUAAGGGGAUGUGUAAUAUUGUGUCACGACUUCCUCCGAAGCUGCCUCCUCUCCUUGUUCGGGCAGGCUUCGGUGUUCGUCGUCACUGGCCUUCUAGCCACUGCCACUCAUCAUCUCAUCAUUCCAUUUGUUUUGUCUUGUUUAUUACACACACCUGGUUCAUAUCCCCUCAUCAGUACCUGUAUAAGUAUUCCCUCUGCCCCCCUUGUCUUUGUGUGUGAUUGUUUAUUGUGGAGGUUACUAUAUCUCGGUGGAGCUAUUGUAUUUUGUAUCGCCGGGAUAUUCACCCGUCUGCCUUGUUUUCUCCAGUGCACCGUAUUUACCGCACUGGAGUGUUUUACGCAUUGCUACGUACCGCUGUUUAUCGAAUAAACCAUUUAUUCUGUGAUUUACCCUCCUGCGCCUGACUCCGUCCAAAUCACCCGCCACAGAAUCACACACCCAAACAGCAUGGAGUCAGCAGGAAACUGGAAUAUGCCUGGAGUCGUGGAGCGGGUCUGGGAGCAUUCCAACAUGCUAGCCAGCAUGGGCGAAGCGAUGGAUCGGGUUCUCCAGGUCGUCCAACUCCUGGAGAGGAGAUGACCCGACCCUUCGGGACCAGCUGAGCGACUGAAUCCAGCCACCCACACCCCAGCACCCAGAGGGAUUCACCUAUCCCGACCGAGGGAGUACGACGGGACAGCGGCCUCUAUUUUUCCACCAUCAGCCCUGCUCCCUAGAAGUGGGAGAAGGUGUCCGCCCCCAUCUCCUGCCUCUCAGGGAAAGCCAUGGAGUGGGCCAAUGCGGUCUGGAGUGAAGGAGGAGACGCGUUGGACAACUACGGGGUGUUUGCUCGCCUCUUCCGGGCAGUCUUCGAUCACCCGCCCGAAGGAAGAGAGGCCAGCGAGCGCCUGGUCCAUCUGAGGCAGGGGACAAGGAUCACGCAAGACUUUGCCCUGGAGUUUAGAACUCUACCGGCGGAGUCCGGUUGAAACGAACGGGCCCUCAUCAACCACUUCUGGUGCAGCCUGCAGGAGGACGUCCGAAGGGAGAUAGCCUGCCGGGAUGCCACGUUGACUUUCAACUAGCUGGUGGACAUGCCAUCCGGUUGGACAACCUGCUGGCUUCCAGAGGACGUCCUGGAAGGGGCCUGCCCGUUUCACCCCCCUGCAACCUGGAUUACGUGCUGAUGGAGCUGGGUGGUGCAGCGAUCCGGGAGAACGGAGGAUGACAGAUCCAGUGUCACUCCUGUGGCAAGAGAGGACAUUCUGCUGCACACUGUCGUCAGCAUUCUUCUGGGUCUGGAGGAGGCAGGCAGGGCACUCUCACAAACCCACACUCGUUGAGAGCCCUCUGCUGUGCACUUCACCAUACACGGUAAGGCGCUGGUCCAUUCAGGCGCAUCUGGGAAGUUUAUGGACAGGUCUUUAGCUAUGUAUCACAUUGGUUACCCCUACCCAUUCCAUUUCCCAUCAAAGCACUUGACAGUCGACCAUUAGGGUCAUGUUUUGUUAGGGUGGUUACAGCACCAGUCAUGAUGAUUAUGCAGGAGACCCAUAGGGAGCAAAUCACUUUUUAUAUUAUUGAGUCCCCUGAUUUCCCUGUUGUGUUGGGUCUUCCCUGGCUCGCACUACAUGGCCCCACCUUUUCAUGGCUGCAGAAGUUUCUCACAGGGUGGUCGCGAGAGUGUCAGGGUAGGUGUCUAGUUGUUUCCGUUGGUGCAACCACGGUGGAAAGUCCAGACACUACCUCCACCAUGCGCAUUCCCCCCGAAUACCUCGACUUGGUUCACGUGUUUUCCAAAAUGCAGGUGACCAAAUUACCACCUCAUCGGGUGGGGGAUUGCGCAAUAAACCUCCGGUUAGACGCUGUGCCUCCCUGGAGUCAUGUCUAUCCCCUGUCGCAUGUUGAAACAUAGGCUAUGGAGACAUACGUCUCCGAGUCCCUGCGUCAGGGGUUCAUACAUCCCUCCACUUCGCCUGCCUCCUCAAGUUUCUUUUUCAUGAAGAAGAAGGAUGGAGGUCUGCGCUCUUGCAUUGAUUACCGGGCACUUAAUCAAACUACCAGUCGCUAUAGUAACCCUUUACCCCUCAUCUCCUCCGUUAUAGAAUCAAUGCAUGGGGCGCGCUUCUUCACGAAAUUAGAUCUCCGGAGUGCGUACAACCAGGUGCGUGUCCGGGAGGGGGACGAGUGGAAGACAGCAUUCAGCACAACCACGGGGCAUUACGAAUACCUGGUGAUGCCGUACGGGUUGAUGAAUGCUCCAUCUGUCUUCCAGUCCUUUGUGAACGAGGUGUUUCGGGACAUGCUUGGUCGCGGUGUGGUGGUCUACAUCGAUGACAUUCUGGUGUAUUCCGCUACGCGCGCCGACCAUGUGUCCUUGGUUCGCAGAGUGCUGGGCCAUCUGUUGGAACAUGACCUUUAUGCCAAGGCAGAAAAGUGUUUGUUCUUCCAGCAGUCCGUCUCCUUCCUCGGAUACCACAUCACCACCUCAGGUGUGGAGAUGGAGGGAGACCACAUUUCAGCCAUGUGUAAUUGGCCGACUCCAACCAUGGUAAAGGAGGUGCAGCGCUUUAUUGGCUUUGACAAUUACUAUCGUAGGUUUAUCCGGGGCUUUGGUAAGGUCGCAGCUCCCAUCACCUCUCUGUUGAAGGGUGGGCCAUCCCGGCUCCGCUGGUCUGCUGAGGCUGACAGGGCUUUCAGUAACCUGAGGGCUCUGUUCACCUCAGCCCCGGUACUGGCCCAUCCCGAUCCAUAAUUACCGUUCAUAGUGGAGGUGGAUGCGUCCGAGGUAGGGAUAGGCGCUGUCCUUUCUCAACGCUUGGGCACGCCACCCAAGCUCCACCCCUGUGCCUUCUCUAAGAAGCUCAACCCGGCAGAGCAGAACUACGACGUUGGUAAUCGGGAGCUGUUGGCUGUUGUCAGAGCCCUGACCACGUGGAGGUACUGGUUCGAGGGGGCUAAACACCCUUUCCUCGUCUGGACUGACCACCGUAACCUAGAGUACAUCUGGGCAGCGAGGAGGCUGAACCCUCGCCAGGCCAGGUGGGCCUUGUUCUUCACCCGGUUUGAUUUCACAUUGUCAUACAUACCAGGUACUAAGAAUGUGAAGGCAGACACACUGUCACGGCUGUACGACACAGAGGAGAGGCCCAUAGACAACACACCCAUACUCCUGGCCUCCUGCAUUGUGGCGCCGGUAGUGUGGGCGGUGGACGCGGACAUAGUCGGCGUUACGCACAGAGCCAUCUCCACCUCAGUGCCCAGCUGGGCUGCAGUACGUGCUGUCUCUUGUCCGUGAUUGUCUGAUCUAUUGGGCACACACGUCCCCCUCCUCUAGUCACCAAGGUAUCGGCCGUACAGUGCGCUGCCUGACCGGGAAGUACUGGUGGCCUACCUUGGCUAAGGACGUGAGGGUGUAUGUCUCCACCUGCUCGGUGUGCGCCCAGAGUAAUGUACCUCCCAGCGGGUAAGUUACAUCCCUUACCAGUUCCACAAUGGCCGUGGUCCUACUUGUCAAUCGACUAUCUCACUGAUCUUCCCCUCUAUUAGGGAAACACCACCAUCCUGGUCGUUUUGGACCGCUUUUCUAAAGCCUGCCUCCUCCUUCCUCUGCCCGGUCUCCCCACGGCCCUGCAAGCAGCAGAAGCCCUGUUUACUCACGUCUUCCAGCACUACGGGGUGCCAGACGACAUAGUGUCUGACCGGGGUCCCCAGUUUACAUCCAGGGUCUGGAAGGCGUUCAUGGAACGUCUGGUGGUCUCGGUCAGCCUGACCUCUGGGUUUCACCCCGAGUCUAAUGGGCAGGUGGAACGGAUAAAUCAGGACAUGGGUAGGUACCUGCGGUCCUACUGCCAGGACAGGCCGGGGGAGUGGUCGGUGUUCUUGCCAUGGGCCGAAUAUGCCCAGAACUCUCUCCGCCACUCCUCCACUAACCUAACUCCCUUUCAAUGUGUCUUAGGGUAUCAGCCAGUUCUGGCACCGUGGCAUCAGAGCCAGACCGAAGCUCCUGCGGUGGACGACUGGUUUGGCGCACGGAGGAGACGUGGAACGCUGCCCACGUCCACCUCCAGCGCACCGUACGUCGCCAGAAAGCCAGCGCUGACCGCCACCAUAGUGAGGCCCCGGUCUUUGUACCGGGUGAUCGGGUCUGUCUCUCGACCCGGAAUCUGCCCCUCCGCCUGCCCUGCCGGAAGCUGAGCCCGCGGAUUGUGGGGCCGUUCAAAGUCCUGAGGAGAAUAAACGAGGUUACGUAUAGGUUACUACUCCUUCCUGAUUACCGUAUUAACCCCUUGUUUCAUGUGUCUCUCCUCAGGCCGGUGGUGGCUGGUCCGCUCCAGGAGUCUGAGGUGUGGGAGGUCCCUGCGCCCCCUCGAUGUCGAGUACAUCGAGGGUGCCCCAGCGUACUCCGUCCGUUCCUUCCUGGAUUCAAGGCGUCAGGUGGGGGCCUUCAGUACCUCGUGGAGUGGGAGGGGUACGGUCCGGAGGAGCAUUGCUGGGUCCCGGUGAGGGAUGUCCUCGAUCCCUCCCUGUUGCGGGAUUUCCACCAUCGGAUCGGCAUCCGGCUUGCCCUGCUCUGCGUCCUCCUGGCCGUCCCCAAGUCCGGUGUCGGCGCGCUGCUGGAGCUGCGCGUAAAGGGGGGGGGGGGGGGUUUACUGUCACGACUUCCUCCGAAGCUGCCUCCUCUCCUUGUUCGGGCAGGCUUCGGCGUUCGUCGUCACCGGCCUUCUAGCCACUGCCGCUCCUCAUCUCAUCAUUCCAUUUGUUUUGUCUUGUUUAUUACACACACCUGGUUCAUAUCCCCUCAUCAGUACCUGUAUAAGUGUUCCCUCUGUCUCCCUUGUCUCUGUGUGUGAUUGUUUAUUGUGGAGGAUAUUAUAGCUCGGUGGAGCUAUUGUAUUUUGUAUCGCCGGGAUAUUCACCCGUCUGCCUUGUUUUCUCCAGUGCGCCAUAUUUACCGCACUUUAGUGUUUUACGCAUUGCUGCGUACCGCUGUUUAUCGAAUAAACAAUUUAUUCUGUGAUUUACCCUCCUGCGUCUGACUCCGUCCAAAUCACCCGCCACAUAUUGAGUAUAGGGGGGGUUUAUGUUAUGGGGAAAGGAGGUGAAAGUCCUUACAGAGGCAAUCAUCAGUUGCUACAUCCAUUUUUGGACUUAUACAUUUAUGAUACGUAUCCAUUGAUUCUUGAAGAAUGUAAUUUAUAAAUGCCUCAACUGUCGUACCCCAUCAGAACCCAAAAUAUAAGAUUGUUUUACUCCAAUGUUUGUAAACAAAGAAAAUGUAAACAAACACUAUAUAGCCUCAAAACAUGGUUAAAAUUAUAAUGUUGAUAUCAUGGAUGGUCAAUCCUUGCAUCCAUAGCUCGGUCUAUGAAUUUGAGAGCGAUUACAUUUCUCCAGCCCCAUCCCUCAGCUUUUUGCUGAACUAGGGGUGGGGAGACGGCUUUGUUAUUUUUUCUACUGCUUAUUGCCGCUUUAAGCUGUCAUUUCAGUUUUGUUUUUCAUGAGUUUGUAUGUUUGAUGUUAUGUCUAGCAUAUGCUAUGUCUCUCUUUUUGUAGUGAAUCUUUUCUCAUCACAGUGCCUUUUCUUGUACAUAAAGCAAAUAUCUGUGAAAAACAGAAAAUUAAGAAAUAUCUAAUCUAAUCUAAACGGACAAUGUUUAAUGUUAGUAAAAGGCAACCUACUAGUUUUGUAUGGUUGUAAUGAAACUUCACAUUAUGAUAGUUUGUCAUUUUUGUGUGUAUUUUGUUCUUUCUUUUUUUCAGGCCAGGAGAAUUUCUCAGCGUUCUACAAACUGGUAAGGUUGCUUUUGGCCUUCAACCAUAUACUGAACCUCAUCAUGUAUCACUUUCUUUAUUCAAUGUUCAAGUCAACCAUUUCAUUUACAGUCAGGUUUUAAAAUAAUACUUUUUAAUGUCCAAUGGCUCAAAGCCACAAUGGGGGUGGCAUCCAUUUUAAAUAAUGCAAUAUCAUUUAUUUUUUUAACACCCACUACUUAUCAGCAUUUCUGAAGGUUCUAUAAUAGAUUUCAAAUUAACUGAACAUCUGUAGGUGUCAGAAAUUAUUUUAUUUUCCUUGAGGGUUUUGGCUUUUGGCCUAGGCCAGAGACAUUGGAAUGGUCUGCCAACAAGCACAUUGAUACUGUGAUAUGUGGGCCUUUUAACUAUAAACCGUUGUCUGAGAGUGGUGGAAUAAUUAAAAACAUAGUUAUGGAUAAUGUAAAAAAACUAAACAAAGUAACUGAGCUUGUGCAUGUGUAUUUGUGUACAUAUACAGUAAAUAUGUUUAUGGUUUGUUUCUGUGUCUUUAUGUACAUGUUUGUUAUGCAUCUAAUUGUAUGUGUGUGUGCGUGUGUGUGUGUGUGUGUGUGUGUGUGUGUGUGUGUGUGUGUGUGUGUGUCUGUUUCUCCACAUGCCUCCAGUAUGCCUGGGGAGAAACCCUGUGGUCAAGGUUCCUGCUUUAACCCAACAACAGAGCGUUGCUGUGUGAACCCUACAUCUCGCCAGGGGCAGCGUUACUCUCGUGACCAGACCUACAGUGAGGGAACACUCAGCCACACCCCAGGUAAGACAGCACAAGGUGUACUACUAAUCUCUAGUGUGUGUGUGUGUGUGUGUUUGCACUAUAAUAAACUGUGGAAAGUAUUUUCCCUAUUUUUCAGACUGGGAAUGCAUCUUUGCGAGUCUGAGAGACAUGUGGAUGUAAGUGUGUGUGUGUGUGAUGUCUUGCGUGAAAGAUGAGGUCCUCUACCACCAAAUAAGAUAUUGAAGUAAUGAUAAGUAUUUCAAAAGAUAAAUCACUUUCAUUUAGCCACUCUUGAACUGUUUCUCGAACCACUUCAAAUCUCUAGCCAUGUGUAAUUAUACUGUGCGACUCCAGGUUACAGGCUAAAAUGUUAAGAAUAGUUGACUGAACAAAUAUCUAAAAUAAAUGUUAUUACCAGACCAUUACCCAUGCAUGAAUCAGCACCAUAUUGUCUCUGAAACAUCCCUUCAUAUGAAACAUGGUGCAACUCUAGUGUUAGAAAGGUCACUGGUGUGUACCUUAAUCUUCUAGGUAAUGAUCUUAUCCCCCCUGGGAAGUCUGGUAGGGUAGGCGAUGGUGUAACGGUAACAAAUUAAAAAGAGAUGUAUCAUGAUUCUAAAAAUGUUAAAGUAUGAGAGGUGGUCACCUUCCUGAAUAUAAUGAAAAGAGCUGUUUUGAUUGGAAAUCACGUGUUGAGGAAUUUAGAAUGGAAUGAUUGUCUAACCACCAUCAACCACCUCUACACCUAUAACACAUGGGAGGAAACAGCAUUAAACAUCCAUGUUUAAACAUGUUUCUCAAACUUCAAAUGACGAAGUUGUUCCAAACGUCAAAUUUCAAAGUGUUUAAGGUUAAGUUUAGGCAUUAACUCCGAAUUCUUAUGGUUAGGCAUAAACUCCGAACGGUUAAGGUAAUGGUUAAGGUUUGGGAUAGGCUUAAAAAAUAAAUAAUCAAAAUCAUGCAACCUUUGGAACCAGAGGCAGAUGCUUACACGCCCACCUGCUAUCCCUGUCCACAACACCUUAGCAAAACCGAAACCUACUUGAUGGUAACAGCGCUCACUGUUGCCCCUAGUGGCCCAUUUCCACAUCAUCUCCCGACAUCCUUAGACAUGGAUGGACGUCGAAGACUGACUUGUAUCACAGGUGACCUGCCUGUGCAAACAAACCGCUGAUGAACCCCUUUGGAACAUCUACAUUUAAAAAAAAGUAUAAUGAAUCCAUUUAAUACACACCAUCACAAUAAAUCCAUUAUUUAUUUUAGGCAGGUCUAAACAUUAUAUGAAGAAAAUGUAUUUCAGAAGAACAGAAUAGCAUAUUCUGAGUUGGCCUACUGUAUGUUAUCUGGCUAUGCACCAUGCCAAUGGCAGCUUAGGCUGUAGGCUAGUUCAUUUAGCAGACAAGAUAUGCUUAUAAAUCCUGUGCCGUUAUUUAAUAUCAUAUGAUUUUAUAGUAAGAAGAAUAUAAUUGAACUUAGCUGAAUAAAAUAACAAGGAUAUUAUUCCCUUUCCCGAGCGAGUGUGCAUAUGAAGUGGCUAUGUUGAGCAUAAAAGUAGUCAUUUGAAAAGGGUCCUAUACUCUUAAUUUAGAGUUAUUUCACAACUUUAGAAUGUCUUAGAAAUUAAAGCAUUUAUGUGCUGCAUGUUGCAACUAUAUUGAUGAUUUGAAAACGAAUUUCACAUAUGAAAUGUUUUCCUUGCCUCAGGCUGCACAUGCUGUUUUCUCAUCAAGUGAUAUUCUCACCCAUCAGUCUAUUCUCAAUUUAAGCUUGUCUUUACUAAUAUGUGAAAUUUGUUUUGGGUUAGAAUGGGCCAUUAUGAAAUGGGCAGGAACCCGGGCAGGGGGGAAAAAAACCAUGUCACCCAUAUGAACUGGAAUAGCAAAUGGGGGCAGCGCUUUCCCGCAAUUCCUUUUUAAUCAUGCCGGGUAGGCUAUAUGACAGGUUUUCAUUGAAAUUCUAAAUGCCUUGAUGCGUUUAAAAAGUGUUCCAGAAAAGUGUUUAGUUAUGUGUUCAGAUCCUAAACCCUUGCUUUUACAGUGUAUAGAAAUGUCUGGGCUUAUAAGCAGUGGUGAAGCGCAGUUUCGCAAAGGUCAGAGCAAAUCUGUUCGGGAACGUCGAUAGUGUCACGUGAUGAUUAAAAGACAGGCGCAAGAAUACGUAUCAGGGGUUUUAUUUUCUCCACCCAACACAAUGUAUGUCAUGAAAAACGACAGGGACGAAUCCCGAAACAAACUUUUGACUGGUACAGCAUGUAUAUUUUUUCUGUAUGCAGACGAUAUGGUUAUGUAUGCCAUUGCACCAACUGUUGGUCAAGCUAUGUUAGAGCUGCAAUCUGAUUUUGUUGCAUUACAGAAAGCCCUUGUUGAUUUAAAACUUGUACUUAAUGCAGGCAAAACUAAACAUAUGUUGUUCUCUAAUUCACGGAAUAAUGUCUCAGAUGGGCUACAUAUUCACUCGUUGGAUGGCUCUCUCAUUGAGCGGGUUGCCGCCUAUAAAUAUCAGGGCAUUUGGAUUGAUAAAGAUCUAACGUUUAAAAAACAUACGGAUGAGCUAGUUAAAAAGCUAUGAUUUAAUGUGGCCUUCUUUUUAGAAAUAGAUCUUGCCUCUCCAUGAACAGCAGGAAGCAGAUUGUGCAGUAAAUUUUCCUGCCAGUUCUUGACUGGUGACACCAUUUACCAGAAUGCAGCAGCCACUACUCUUAUACCAUUGGAUGCCAUCUACCAUAGCGUCCUUCGCUUUAUUACAGGUGACAGUUUUAAUACUCAUCACUGCAUCCUGUUUCAGAAGGUCGGCUGGACCUCACUAAAGUCCUGUAGAUCAUUUCGUUACUCCCUUCAUGUUUACAAAGCUCUGCUCCACAAGCUUCCAACAAAGCUCACUUCCCUGUUGAAAAUAUGAGAUACCAAACCUGUUGCAGGGUUGGUUAACUCUUGAGGUCCCGUUUGUCUCCACAAAGUUUGGUAAAUCUGCAUUUGGUUUUAACGCACCACAGUUAUGGAAUACCUUACAAAACAAAUUACACCUGGAUUACCUGGUGCCGAUAGGGCAGUUUAAAACUCUGUUGUUAAAUGAGUUUACUGAAGUGUGCAAUUGUUUCAAUUGACUAUUAUAACUUGUUGUAAUAACCUGAUGUAGUGUAUUUAUAGCUGUCUUGUAGUUUUUAUAUUUUGUUGUUGUGUUGAUGGAAUUUUUGUCCUCAGGGCAGCAUUGCAAAUGAGACACUGGUCUCAAUUGGGCUCCCCUGAAUUAAUCAAAGUAAAUAAAAAUAAUGGUCGUUAGCGAGAUGGGGACUACCAACGCAUCAGCGCCAUUCAUGUACAGAGUUAAUAGGAGGAGAUUACUGCAAUGGUCACGUGGAAUUUGACUGCGGUCAAAUGACUCAUGGAUCCAGUCACAUAUAACCAGUGGUGGGAAAAGUACCCAAUUGUCAUACUUGAGUAAAAGUAAAGAUACCUUAAUAGAAAAUGACUCAAGUAAAAGUGAAAGUCACCCAGUAAAAUACUACUUGAGUAAAAGUCUAAAAUUAUUUGGUUUUAAAUAUACUUAAGUAUCAAAAGUAAAAGUAUAAAUCAUUUAAAUGUCCUUAUAUUAAGCAAACCAGAUGGCGACAUUUAUUUUAUUUUAUUUAUUUACGGAAAGCCAGGGGCACACUCCAACACUCAGACAUCAUUUACAAAUGAUGCAUGUGUGUUUAGUGAGUCCGCCAGAUCAGAGGCAGAAGGGGUGACCAGGGAUGUUCUCUUGAUAAGCACGUGAAUUGGACCAUGUUCCUGUCCUGCUAAACGUUCAAAAUGUAACGUGUACUUUUGGGUGUCAGGGAAAUUGUAUGGAUUAAAAAGUACAUUAUUUUCUUUAGUAGUGAAGUAAAAGUAAAAGUAGUCCAAAAUAUAAAUAGUAAAGUACAGAUACCCCAAAAAACUACUUAAGCAGUACUUUAAAGUAUUUUUACUUAAGUACUUUACACCGCUGCAUAUAACAACCAGAACCUCUUUCAUUUAGCCCUCUCUUCCUGGCAGCUGCUGGAAACAAUGUAGGCGAUACGUUUUUCCUUUCUUGAACAUCACUGUCCUCCCUCCUUCCCAUCUGUCUGCCCAGGUCACCACCAUGGUGCUAGCUGUGGCUCUCAGGUUUACAAUCCAGACAUCAAAAUCUGCUGUUCCGGGAAGCUGUCCAAUAGGGUGCUUGGAAAGAACCUGGUGAGUCCAUUAGCCCACAGACCUAAGGCCUACAACUAAAACUUACUUCACUGAACCUCCUCCCGCUACAUUAGGUUUAGUUCUCCUCAUGUCAGUCAAAGUCAAGUAAAACAGCUUAAUCAUCCAUCUGCCUGUUGAGUAGUUGUUGGUCAAGGCAUAAAGACAAUGCUAUACAGUACAGGGAUGUACAGUAUCUGUCUAUUUGUACAUAUUUAAAAUGGUCAAAAUAACUAAAAGUGGCAAUGUAAGACAAGGCUGACACUAUACGUUUUCCACAGACCCAUUUCAGUCCACUCAGAAUGUUUAGACAGGGCAUCAGUGGGAAGUGGGUGUCCUAUACUCAUUGCCAAUGUUCUAGAGUGCUGCCUGUCUAUCAGGGAGAAAUACGCCCUAUGAUUUGCCAGUAACAAUGACUACUUAUAGUGGUAUUUACUUUACUUGGGCUGUAUGCUGUACUAUGUCAGUUUGACUGUAAGGUUAGUUAUGUAAGCCCCACCCUGCAACCAGUUAGAGUAGAGCAGCUCCUUUUCAGUGUGAGAGUGUGUCAGACGACGGAUAACGAGAGCUCUCUUUGGGUCUCUUUUAUAUCGCUUGGCACUCUGUUGGUAGAGAAGGUGUGCACAGGUCCCCUGGUAAGAAAGUUAGACUCUCUUUUCUAGCAUGUGAACUUUUGUGAUUGUGUGUGAAUUUUGUGUAUGUGCAUGCUAUGGUGUGUCUGCGUGAAGCUGUCUGUAUUAAUGUCUGUAUGUGUGUCUGUUAUUCAUGUUGUGUGUGUGUGUGUGUGUUGAUACCCUGCUGACUGGUGUGUGUCUCUCCCAGUGCUGCGGUACAACUCCGUAUGGUGUAGAGGACCGAGGGGUGCUUUGCUGUAACCAGACCUUGCACCAUGUGGUGGAGAAUGGGUACCAGUGCUCCCCAGGUGGUCACUUGUAUCUGCCAUCCCGUGAAAUGGUGUGUGGGUCACACGUUCAUCUCAACGAUCCAGGCAAACACUGCUGUGGAGAGGAGACAUACGACCCUCAGGAUGAAAUCUGCUGCAAUGGACACAAGUGA